CUAGGUUCACGAGACUAGAACAGAGAAAUAAAGAAAAGACCAACUUUAUUGCCAAAAUGGAUGAUGAUAUCAAGGAAAUCAAACAAUCAUCGGCCAAUGCCAGCUCUAUCGAGAAUUCCAACAAUGUUAUUCAAACUUCUCUAAGAAAUCAUGAUGAAAACGAAAAUAACACAAAAACUAUGAACAUUGUUCACGAUCAAGAAAAGAUUUCAUUGGAAGUCUCUGUGCAAAAAAUGCUUGAAAGACUUAAUGAGGAUGUUUCCCAGAGAGAAUCGGAUUCAGGCUUAAGGGAAUUUAUUAAUACUGAAUUUAUUGAUAGAGAGCAUUCUAAUUCUUCACCUGUCACAGAAGAGCUUGCCCGUUUAUUUCAUCAAGCGAGUAUAGCAAGGAAAAAUUCGAUCAAAGCUAAGCAAGAAGAGAUUUCAUCUUGGGGUCGCUACUCUGAAAGAUUCGAAGAUAAGGUCAUGAAGCUCAGAUCUGAGGAUAAAAAUCUUAAGGAUAAGACAGCAAGGUCCCAGAUAUAUAAUGAAAUGAAACCAUACCUUUCAGGCGUUUCUGAUGAAUAUUUGCGCAAGAUAACAAGCAAAGUAAGGAAGAUUAAUAAGCUAUUUGGAUAUGACUACGAUCCUAUAACUCUGAAAAAGAUUAAAG